GUUCUAUUCAGUCUAUUCAGUCACACUGUUCUAGCAAGCUCGUGCAAUCGUGUGGUUUGUCUCUGAAGCAGCUCAGCAGAAGACGGAAGCCGCUGGGUCGGGUGGUCGUUACCGCCUGGCAGACGGGAGGAAAGCUACUGUGCUGGACGUUUGCUCAGCACGGCUGCAGACAGCUUGCGGAGCAGUCCGCGGGGCUCGCAGCACAGCUGUCACGUCGUAUUUUCCAAAGACGGCUUUUCAGACUUGCACGUAGCCUGACUGCUUUCUUCCCCUGCUUCUGUUUCACACCGAAUCUCUCGUACCUAUUUCUGUAACGCAGAAAAGCUGCUGGACCGCCUCCUCUGCAAGAAGGAAUAACCUUCUUUUGGGUGCCAGGAAUCCCCAGGCUGGCAGCCUGCAGAAUCCCCAGGGGCACACACCUGCGAAGACCCAACUUCGAGGAACAAAAUGAACGACAUCCGCUUUUUCAGAGUGCUCUGAGCUUUGUCGUCGGAGCUCAGUAGGGCUGUAUUCGUUUCUCCUUGAACAGCACCUCUGGUGUGGCUGGGACUCGCUGCGAUGUGCUCGCUGAGGCCUUGAACCAGCAAUCGCAGACCUAAUGGUCCCCUUCCCAACUGCCGUCAUUGCGCGGAGAGUUUUUGACGCAGGAAAAGAAAGGCAGUUAACAAACAAAUAGCACCUGAUUUCCAUAUAUAGAGUCUUUGGGAAAAUACCACUCCAUCAAUUAUGCAUUUUUUUUAAACGCUGCCUUUUAUUUCUCUGUCUGAAGGGGCCCAUUUCACAGUACGAGUAAUGUUCUGAAUAAUCCCAGGCUUGGCACCAAUGAGGCGCUUAACCGAGCUCCUUAUUUUUAUUACCCAUUGUCUGCUAACCGGUUUUCUGUCAUUUCAUUUCUUUGCCUUCUCCCUGGGGAUGAAGGAUGGCAGCUCGGCGUGCGCUGAAAGCUGUCCUGGUGGAUCUCAGUGGCACGCUGCACGUCGAAGACUCGGCCGUGCCGGGUGCGCAGGAAGCUCUUAAAAGGCUGCGUGGUGCUCCGGUUACAAUUCGCUUCGUGACCAACACCACCAAAGAGUGCAAGAAGGACCUGCUGGAGAGGCUGACCAAACUGGGCUUUGACAUUGCAGAACAUGAAAUCUUCACGUCUCUGACAGCAGCCAGAAAUCUCCUGGAGCAGAAGCAAGUGCGGCCACUCCUCUUGGUGGAUGAGAAGGCCCUGCCUGAUUUCACAGGGAUCGCCACUGAUGACCCCAAUGCAGUAGUCAUAGGACUGGCUCCUGAACACUUUCACUAUGAGAUGAUGAAUAAAGCUUUUCGGUUGAUUUUGGAUGGUGCUCCUCUUAUAGCUAUACAUAAAGCCAGGUAUUUCAAGAAAAAAAAUGGCUUGGCUCUGGGACCUGGACCUUUUGUAGCUGGACUGGAAUAUGCCACAGACAUCAAAGCAACAGUGGUGGGAAAGCCAGAGAAAACAUUCUUCCUGGAAGCUUUACGAGGGACUAGCUGUGCCCCAGAGGAGGCUGUCAUGAUUGGUGAUGACUGCAGGGAUGACGUUGGUGGGGCCCAGAAUGCAGGCAUGCGUGGGAUUUUGGUCAGGACUGGUAAAUAUCGACCAGCAGAUGAAAACAAAAUCAAUCCAGCUCCUUACUUAACCUGUGAGAGUUUCCCAGAGGCAGUAGAACAUAUCUUAGAGCAUCUGCUAUGAGAACUUGGAUAGUUUGAAGAAACAUCUGGUUCACAUAAUUUACUCUUGCUUCCAAAAUUAAGGUCACAGGAUCAGUGCAUGCUCAUCAGAAACCUAGCCGUAAGCUCCUUCCCAUCAAGGUGUGAAAGGAAAAGUGGUGGUGCAUGGCCCUAGCUUGGUCACAACACAGCUCUUUUCCUGCACUCAUUUUUUUGAGGCAGUGAUUAGAGACCUCAGAUGAUUGGCAGGACAGGUAGCACAGGAAGGCUACAGCACAACUGCUUUCCUGAAGGGUUCACGGAACGUGGUAGAAAGUUCUGUUUGUUUCAGUUUUCAUGAAAUAGCUGAUGGAAAGCCCACUCUGAAAAGUGUUAAGAAUAAACUAAACAGGAAAACCUACUGGAAACACUCAAGUAAACUGUAAAGCCUAACAACACCUUAGUCAGUCUGCAGUGACCUCUCUGUUCUAAUUUAAAGGCAGAGAUAAGAGCCUCUAGAAGUGACUUUUAUAUUAAAAUAGUGCCAUUGUUAAUAAUAACUACUGUUAGCAUCUUUAUUCUCGUUGGACCAGAUCCUGGUUUAUGUUUUUCAGAUUUUGCAUAAAAUUAAAAGUGUCAGCAGUGUA